AUGCCCCCGCUAAACCCCUUCCUGGCCGCCUUCUUCAAGAGCUCCGUCGUCGCCCAGUGCACCCCCGUCCAGCACCAUAUCCUGCUCGUGCCCCUGACGGAUGUCCUCCUCACCCACCGUGACACCGAGAACGGCCUGCCCGCCGCAGAGGCCGUCGCCACGGACGAGUUCCUGACCAGCCAUGUCCUCCGCAUCCCGAGCCCUGAUGCCUCCGCCGCCGGCAAAGACAGAGACGCCCUCGCCCAGAAUCUACGCGACCUGAGAGGCAAGGCCAAGCAGUUCUCCACGCUCAACGGCCGCAGCGUCGUUAUCAAGGAUUCCUUCGUCUACAGCAGCAAGGGCUUCAAGAUCACUACCCAGGCCCAGAUCCUCAACGACGCCACCUGGUACCCCGACGUUUUCGAACCCAGACAAUGGCUGCUAUACUUCAUCUCGAGGCCCCUCGUCGGCACCUGGGACGAGGUCAAGAUCGCCCCGGCACUCCUCAUCCACGGCAUCAGGGAGAUCAGAGCGGCAGAGCAAGGCGGGGAACUGGGCGCCGAGUCGUCGGAAAGCGUCAUGCCUCGCAAAAAGGAUAUUCGGAGCUUCCACGAUCUUCUCAACCACUUCCCCAUGAUUGCUCGGCAGAUGCAGGUCGGCCUCGACAGGCUCUUUCUCGAGUUCACGGCCGUCUUCGAGAAGCCUCUUCCGCCUCCACCGGCCCGUUCCAGCAGCCUCGGCUUGACCAACGGCAACGAGUCUCGCGCCAGUCUGCCCGUGACGGAGAACUUUUAUGCCGAAGACGACGAGGAUGUCAUGAGGGCGGCGCUUGAGACGGCCGUCACAGCGGCCAUAGACCUCUUUCAAGGCGUCGACAAGCAACAGCUGUCCCUGCUGGGCGCCACCACCGACCUGACUGGUCCGCUUGUCGAGAAGCUGAUUGAGCGCUACGUCACCGAGAAUGUUCACCAUUUGCUCUUUCCAAAGCUCAGCCUCCUGAAACGCCCUGAAGACCUGGAACUCGAGUCCAAGAUCAGGCAGAUGGAAUUUAUCGACAUUUCGCAGCUAGGUAUCGCCAUCGACGGCGGCUCGCGGGCCAAGCACGACCUCCUCAUCCAGCUUGGGCCCGUCACAGAGGAGUUCAAGAAGAUCGCCUGCGCCCGCAGCCCGGGCGAGAUGAUGGACACGCUGCUGUCGACCACCAAGACGGUCUCACACCUGACUCGCAUUUCCAAGACGCAGGGCAACGGCGAGGAGCCGACGUCGGAGAAGACCAUCAUGACGGUCAACGCCGACACCCUCGUUUCGCUUUUGCUGUACGUCGUCAUCCGGUCGCAGGUCCGCAACCUCCAAGCAAGGAUCACCUACGUCAGAAACUUCAUUUUCGUCGACGACGUGGAGAGCGGGGAGAUGGGUUAUGCCUUGAGCACUUUUGAAGCCGUGCUGGCAUAUCUGGUCAUGGACUCGGCCGGCUUGCGCAAGGCCAGCAGACGAAACAGGGCGCUGUGGGAGGCGACCAAGAAGGGAAACCUGGAUGACUUGAGAAAUAUUAUGGAACCAAGCACCUGCGCCAUUGAGGAUGCCGACGAUGACGACAAGGACGGAGGGGACAUGGACGACGGCGGGAUGCGGGUGAAAUUCGGAGCAGACCAGCACUCCUCGUCCAACAUGUGGACGUUGACGAAUGGCUCGCCCAGAAUGACCUCACUACCCGCGACGGCUGCAGACCGAUUCUCGCACGGCUCUGGCCUGAGCCACGUAUUUCCUUUUCAGGCCAAGGGCGAUUACGGGGCAGAUCUCCUUCCAGCAAAGAGGAUCAAGAGGGUCGCCAUGGACACGAGGAGCCUGUCGAGCGAAUCUGAAUUCUCCUUUCACUCCCGCACGGCGAGCAUUGGCACCAUUGGGAGCGCGCUCGAGGGGGACAUAUCGGUGGAGAGGCUGGCUCAGACGAGCGACCCGUUUGGCGAAUCAGUGCUCAUGAUGGCGGUCCAGAACGAGCGGCCAGCCUCUCUCAGAUAUCUGCUGGCCCUCUCCGGCUAUUAUCCGCUGGACGUGAUUUUGCAAGACAUGAAUAACGAGGACACGACGCUUCUCAGCGCAGCCAUCCAACUGGGCCAUACACAGCUGAUAGACGUGAUCCUAGAUCACGUCGUCUCGCUGGCCACGUGCGAACAACUUACCCAUUACUUGUUUGAGCAGGACAUUUGGGGCCGCAGCGUCGGCCACUAUCUCUUCCACGCACCGUACCUGAUCAGCCGGAUCGGCCGCUUCAUACCAUGGCGCCAGCGAGAUAAGAAUGGCCAGACGCCACUGUUUGCGCUGUGCCGAUCCUACGACCACGCCGACUACCACAACAUGGUCGAGACUGGCCUGAGAGUCGCGCAAGAGGCACAGGGUGACGGGCAGCCGCUGCACGUCGACGACCACGUCGACGGCAAAGGGAACACUCUGCUGCACAUCAUCAACGACGCGAGACUGGCCAUGAGGAUCCUGCAUUCCUGCGACGUGGAAGUGAACGCGACCAACGACAAGCGGUUCACGGCGCUCAUGGUGGCGAGCAAGUACGGGCGGUACGACAUGGUGAGGUGUCUCUUUGCGGACCCGCGCGUGGACGUGGCGGCGAGAGAGCUGCGAGGCCUCACGGCGGUGGAGCUGGCCAAAGACGACGACGUGCGGAACAAGAUUGACGACCUGGGGCUAUUUAGCAUGCCGGCCGGGCGGGACGGACGCAUCACGGGUGUUGUGCGGGCGUAUUUCGUCGAGGACGGGAGCGUGCGGCUCGUGCUCAAGUCGGCGGCGCCGACGGACCACGACAGCUACACGGUGACGACGAGCCGGCGGUCACUGGCCGAGUUUGAGCGGCUGGCCCAUCUCCUGGCGCAGGAGCACCCGGCGUCGUGGAUACCACCCAUGGCGGACACGCGGUCGCCGUUCCAGCUCCCGACGAAGCCGUCACGGGCGCUCUUGCGGCACAUCCAGGCCAGGGCAGACUGGUUCUUGAGAAUAAUGCUGAACCACCCGACGCUGUCGACGCACGAGAUGCUGUGGGAAUUUUUCCUGGUGCCGGAACUGCAGCUGGACGCGAUGGAGCAGCGGACGAGGCUCAAGGUGGAAACCCGGACGGAGAAGAUCAAGGAGGAGUACGAGCCGGUCGAGGACGUGAGGGAGGUGGAGCAGUUUGCGAACCAUGCCAAAGACAUGGUGAGGAGCGUGGGCUAUUCGACCAAGAGCGUUACGAGGAGGGCCAACGGCGUCGAGCUCGCGUCAUCCGAUUUGCACGAUUCCCUGGUUCUCCUUCACAGGCAGGUGGCGGCGGUUGAGUUUCUUCCCACGUCGCACGUUGUUGCGCUCGAGGCGUACGUCAGGGCCAUGGCACCGACUCAGUCGAGCCCGCAGACGGUGUUGCAUACCGCGCUGUUGGCAAUGCAGUCGACGGUGCAGGCUCUCCUAAUGUCGCUGUCACGACCGGCGACGCUGAUCAACAGGAUCUGGGCGGCGAAGAGAGAGGCGGACAGGAACGAGAACGCGGCGGGGCGGUCAUCGCGAUGGCCGCUUGGUCUUUUGGACGAGACGAGACAAAGGCUGCAGGAUGGCAAAGAGCUGCGGGCACGCAAGUCGCGCGAAGAGGCCGAGUACGCGUCGCGGGAGCUGCGGCACACGCAGCAGACGGUGGCGGCGGAGCUGGCGGGAUGGCAGGACAUGCACGAGAAGAUGGGACGAAGCGCGAUGCGGGAGUUUGCGAGGGGCAUGGCGGUGCAGGAGCGGAUGAGGCUAGACGGGAUGAUGCGAGCGCUGAGGAGGGUCAGAGGGGGCGGAGUGGGGGCGGACAAGCAGGCAGCGGCCGGGGCCGUCUCGGGAGCACAGGGACAAGGUGGCUGA